GCAGCUAAAAUGUCCAACUCCCACUACAACCAUCACCAGCAACACCACAACAACUACCAGCAGCAGCAACAGCCGCAGCAUUCCAACAGCAACGGUGACGACAGACAUGAGGAGUAUCACCAGCAGCAGCCAGUGCAUUACUCGCAGCACUAUAUGAAUGGACAUGGCAUGAGAAUCAAGCCGCUAGACAGUGUCGCCGUGCCGGACAUGUGCCUGUUCUGUUUCGAGGUGCUCGACUGCGAGUUGAACAACAUUGACGGUCCUGGUGUUCCGAUGUUUAGCAACGAUGCCUACCCGUUGUUUGUGACCUGGAAAAUUGGACGUGACAAGCGCUUGCGGGGCUGUAUUGGAACUUUUAGCGCCAUGGAGCUGCACAAUGGACUGCGUGAAUAUGCGUUGACCAGCGCAUUCAAGGACUCGCGGUUCGCACCUAUCUCGCGCGACGAGCUGCCCAGGCUGACGGUGUCCGUAUCCAUAUUGCAGAACUUCGAGGAGGCCCAGGGUCAUCUGGACUGGCAACUGGGCGUGCACGGCAUUCGGAUUGAGUUUUUGACCGAGCGCGGCUUAAAGCGCACAGCCACCUAUCUACCGCAAGUGGCUACCGAACAGGGCUGGGAUCAGGUGCAAACCAUAGACUCGCUGUUGCGUAAGGGCGGCUACCGGGCAGUCAUCACUCAGGACCUGCGCAAGUCCAUCAAGCUGACACGCUAUCGCUCCCACGAGAUCCAGAUGCACUACAAGGAGUACCGUGAGCACUUGGAACGACGCGGUGUUCAAUUCGGCAAGGUGCAAUGCUAACAAUUAGACAACCAAACGUCGGGACAAUGAUCCUGGCUGAGGGCAGGCGUCGUUUUCGUCUUGCUCCUGCUAUUGGUGGCCAUUGAGUUGACUCAAGGAAUGGGACUAUUUACGAGCGUCUUUCUCUACUCCUGAGCAACUGUUCAAGUUUAAGUUGUCCUGUUGCAACAGCUAUAUUCACUGAUUUAAUUUUUUCUUACAAAUAUAUUUUUGGUCCUUAACUGGGAUGACGUGUCGUCGCAGUAAGUGACGCGAAUUUUAAAGUA